AUGAAACCCCCGAUUCUACGGCGAUCUUUAUUCAAGCUCAUUGUUGUUGUUCUAGUGUGUUUGAUCCUUCGAACACUCGUUUAUCUAAUUUUCAAUAAAAAUUCCCAACAUGAAGCCAAAAUUGAUGUUGAGGAUGAUAAAAGCCGGUUGAUUCAGCUGAAACAAGUGCGAAUUUUACCGAUUGGAGGUAGGAGAUUUUAUUUGAGAUCGGUUAUUGUAUUUUUUAUGGGAUUUCAGGCCUGAAAAUGGGGAUUUUUUAAUUAUCCAUAAGAUUUGUCAUGGAUAAUAUAAAAAAAGAUGUUUUAAAAGUACAAAAAAUAUCUGAAAAAACUAUUAAAAUUCUUUCAAAAAACUUUUAGCCAUUUAUUUUUUUUUAACUUCAACCUUUUCUGACCUUAUUUUAGCCAUUAAAACGGAAUGCCAAAAAUGGCGGGAAUUUGAAUUUUUUCGUAAAUUUUUGGCUGGGAAUGGUCCUAAAAUGUUGGAAAUAGUCUAUAAAUACGAUCUAUAUAAAAAAUAAGUUCUGUAGUUUUGAUUUUUAGGCUCUAAUGUGAUCUUUGAUCAGCCAUGGGACCUACCCUCCGAAAAGUCAUAUAACACCGUUGAGGAGGCCGUAAAAUCCACUGCCAAUCGGCGUUAUAUUGUCAGCUCGAUGAGCUACAGCCAUGGUAACAUAUUUUCUCAGCUGGUUUUUGUGUUUCGGCAUCAAAUUAUAUUAUACAUGAUAUCAGAUGUCGAACUUUUAGGCCUAGGCAACCUGAUGUUUGAAUACGCGGCUUUAUAUUACUAUGCAAGAAAGUACAAGGCAUUUUUGGUCUUUCCGGAUGAUUGUUUGUUGAGGAGGGCGUUCGAAAAGUUGGAAAAAGUGAUCUAUGUUAAUAGCACUUCUUUGUACGAAUAUGUGGAAAGUAAUGAAGAUAGAAGGAUCCAAGAGAAGGUAAAAGCUCGAGAUAACGUAUUUUACAAUAUAUUACAUUUUUACUUUGUUUGAAUAGGUUUAAAUUUUAAGAAAAACAGGUUCCAUCGUAUAAAAUGGUCUUCGCAGUCUGCAGAUCGCAAAAACGCAAGCUUAGCAACUUUUAACGAUUAGGAUUUCUUCCAGCAUGCUUAUUAUUGUUGUUAAAUGACGUUUUUACACAGUAAUUACCCUGUCAUUGCCAUUAUUUUCCACCUUUAGUCAUUGAACUAUGUACAAUUACUCAUUUCUCCGCUUACUCACAUAUUUAUGAAACUUUAAUGCGCACUAAAUAUAGACUACCGUAUUCAGGCAUGCUGUGUGUACUUGCCCGACCUGGAAAUGUUCAAAUCGAGCGACAUUGAGAUUGUCGACGGCUACUUCCAGGCCUUUCGAUAUUUCUGGCCAGAACUCGAUUCAGAGGUGCGGAAAAGCUUCCAGUUCUUGGAGGGAGUGAAAAAGAGGGCUUUGGAUUAUAUCAGACCCUAUCAAGGUGAGUUAUGGCUCUAAAUUUUAGGGCAAUUUUGGUCUGAAAUCAUCAUGAAUAAUAUAGUUUGAAAUGGCUGUAAAACUUGAAACAAUAGUGGUAGACAGCUCAUAAUGGUCUUAAAAACGCUAGCAGCCCUUGUUCUAGUCUAAAAAACUGUUUUGCAGGUCAUACGAAGCCUUACAACAGAAUGCCAAAAAUAGCGGGAAUUUGAAUUUUUGAAUUAUUUUGGCUGGAAAAGACCCAAAUUUGAUCUUAUAGGUAUAUGAAAACUUUUUUGUUGACUUUUUUUCAGAAUGCUUGAGGCAAUUUUCGUCGGACAGGUUUCAUCGUAUAAAAUGUCCGAUUGUGCUUGCGAGCCGUUAAAUUGGGGAAAAUUAAAGUGAUAAUGAAUUUUUAUGGAUCAUGUGAUACUCUUGACAAUUUUUUUGAUGUUUCAUAACUUUUUACUACUACUUUUUAACAAAAGUAAUAUCAAAAAAUUCCAAAAAUUGAAAAAAACAAACUUUAUUAUAUUUUGAAACACAAAUGUAUUUUGUAGACCGCAUCCGCAUCGGAGUGCACGUCCGACACGGCGUCGAUAUCACCUGGCACUCCCGCAAUCUUCACCAUGGCCAUGUGAGUGCACCGGCCGAAUACUACGGGCGCGCGAUGAGGCGAGUGUCCAACGGCGAGCAGGUGGUAUUUGUGGUCGUGAGCGACAAUAUCAGCUGGGCCAAACGCAAUCUCGUCGGAGGUGAGCCGCUUUUGUCGAGCCUGAAAAACAGGUGCUCUAUGAUAAAAUUUUGAGUUAUACAGAGCCGAUAGAGCAGGAAGAGUCCGAAAAAUUGCUGAUUAUAGAGCUUAUGAACUGUGUUUUAAACUGUGCAAUGGUUUUUGAGGCCACAAAAUACGAUUUUUAUAUCAAAUUUUCCAAAACAGAAAGUUCCAAAAAAUCCGUCAAUGUGACGGAUUUAAGGUAAAAUUUGCAUAAAAUAGUUGUUCAGAAGCCCCGCAGAUUCUAGUGACAACAAUUUCAGUAAUUUUUGUCAUUCUUAAUAGCAGUUGAAGUGCUUUUUGCCAUUUUAUACGAUGAAACAUGUCCAAGGGAAGAUCGGCAGUCUGCGCCCGGUCUUAUGUAAAUUUUACGAUGAAUCUAGCCUUUGCAAUGUCCAUGCACAAUUUUUGCAUUGUUGCUAAGCUCUAUUUUGAAUAAGUGUCAUUUUAUACGAUGAAACAUGUACAACGGAAAUUUCGCAAGCUGCGCCCGACCUCAGAAAUCAGUAAAAUGAAUGUGAAAAUAAAUAAAAUGAAUUGUUAUCGCUUCUAAUCAUAGAAUACAGCUUGAAAAUACAACUUUUUCAGACAAUAUUGUGUUUGUCGACUCCACGGAACGAGAAGUCGAUUUGGCCAUCUUGUCCUACUGUAAUCACACCAUAAUGUCAACUGGGACUUUCUCCUGGUGGGCUGGGUACCUGGCCAACGGCACGACCGUUCGUUUCAAGGACUGGCCGAGGAAUGGCUCGGAUUUGGAUCACAUGGUGGACAAGAAAAACUACUUCUUACCUCAUUGGAUUGAACUGUAA